GAGGAAACUAGACCAUGAAGUCUGAGGAACUCACAGUGGUCCCCAUCAUUGGAAAAUUUAACAAAUGUGGAACUACCCAGACGCUGCCUAUAGUUUGCUGUCCAACCCAAACUGAGCAACUGGGCAAGAAGGACCUUGGUCAGGGAGGUGACCAAGAACCCAAUGACCACUCGGACAGAACUACGAAGUUUCUUGGCUGAGAUGGGUGAACCUGCGAAAAGGACAUCUCCGCACAUCACCAGUCUGCUUUAUGGGAGAGUGGCCAGAUGAUUGAGACUGCAAUGAAGAAUGGGAGAAAUACAGAUGUGCAAAGCUGAUAGCCAUACCUAAGACACAACUCAAAGCUGUAAUCACUGCCAAAGGAGUUUACACCACAAUCCUGCUGUACUUUGACCAAAUUUGCUGACAAAGGACUGCCACGCCACCUUCAUGUUUAAGUGCGCACAUCACAAGCCAAGAAGACCAGUGCCCCUAAACAUCACUCCCACUGGUGGUGAGGGAGGAUUGUCCACCUCUACGACCAUCACUGCUGCCUCAGAGGCUAACCUGAAGGCCCUACAGAAGAAGCUGGAAGAGUUGGAUCUAGAUGCGCAGCAGAAGAAGCACUUGGAGGCUUUCCUUACCCAGAAAGUCAAAGUGGGUGAGCUGAAAGACGAUGACUUCCACCGCAUCUGUGAGCUGGGUGCUGGCAACGGAGGUGUGGUCAACAAGGUGUGCCACAAACCCUCAGGCCUGGUCAUGGCCAGAAAACUGAUCCAUCUGGAGAUCAAGCCAGCCAUCAGAAACCAGAUCAUCAGAGAGCUACAGUUGCUACAUGAGUGUAACUCGCCCUACAUAGUUAGUUUCUACGGGGCCUUCUACAGCGACGGAGAAAUCAGCAUCUGCAUGGAACACAUGGAUGGGGGCUCCCUGGACCAGGUGCUGAAGGAGGCCAAGAGGAUCCCUGAGGAGAUCCUAGGGAAAGUCAGCAUUGCUGUUCUCAGAGGGUUGGCCUAUCUACGAGAAAAACACCACAUCAUGCACAGAGAUGUGAAGCCCUCUAAUAUCCUGGUGAACUCUUGUGGGGAGAUCAAGCUGUGUGACUUUGGUGUGAGUGGACAGCUCAUAGACUCCAUGGCCAACUCCUUCGUGGGAACACGCUCCUACAUGUCGCCGGAGCGAUUGCAGGGCACCCACUACUCUGUUCAGUCUGACGUGUGGAGUAUGGGCCUGUCUCUGGUGGAGCUGUCUAUCGGCCGGUACCCCAUACCCCCUCCUGACGCCAAGGAGUUGGAGACCAUCUUCGGACGGCUCAUCAUGGAUGGGUCCGAUGGAGACAUGCACAGCAGCACCUUACCCAGAACCCCCGGGGGCAGACCUGCCAGCAGCGAUGGGCCUGUGAUGGCCAUCUUUGAGCUGCUGAACUACAUUGUCAACAAGCCUCCCCCUGAACUGCCCCAUGGAGUUUUCACUUCUGAUUUCCAUGACUUUGUGACUAGAUGUCUCAUGAAGAACCCAAAAGACCGGGCUGACCUGAAGAUGCUGAUGAACCAUGCAUUUAUCAAGCGCUCUGAGGUAGAGGAGGUGGACUUUGCUUGCUGGCUCUGUAAAACCAUGGGGCUGAACCAACCCAGCACUCCCACAUGCACUGCAGACUAGACACACAUUCAGUGGCCUGUGGACGCAAGCAGCCUCCACAACCACAUGUAUAGAAACACACUUUCCUUGUCAGCCACCUUUCCCCUCAAGUGGUCCUGGUAUGAACUGGCCCUAGUCAGUCACUCUCCUGUCAGAAACAAGCCCACAGUUUCAACCGUAAUCAACAUUGCUUCAAUGGUGUGGUUAGGGCAACCCCUCACACUGUCAGAUUCCCCUAUCAGACCGUCAAAGCGGUCUGGCUGUUGUAGUCUGCAGUAUCAACAGUGUGGCAUCGGGGAGCUUCAUUACCCUGGAUGAGCAGACCUAAGGUGUAAAAUGGGCCUGGUCAGAGGUAAAGGCUUUAGAUAAACCCAUGCGGUGAACUCUUAACUCAAAAUCUACACAGUUGGCACCAAGUUUUGACAUGUAUCUACAGUGCCUUCAGAAAAUAUUCACAUCCCUGAAUUUAAAAUGGAGUAAAUUGAGAUUUUGUCACUUGUCACACAAUACCCCAUAAUGUCAGUGGAAUUGUUUCUCAAUAUAUUAAAUGAAAAGCUGAAAUGUCUUGACUCAAGUAUCACACCCUUUUUUUUUUUUUUUUUUCAAAAAAAAAAAAAUGGCAAGCCUAAAGUUCAGGGGUGAAUGUGCUUAAUAAGUUGCAUGGACUCACUACUAUACUCUUUAACAUGAUUUUUACAAUUAUCUGGAAGGUCCCUCAGUUGAGCAGUGAAUUUCAACCAGAAAGACCAGGGAGGUUUUCCUAUGGUUCGUAAAGGACACCUAUUGGUAGAUGGGUAAAAAUGAAAGCUGACAUUUUAAAUAACCCUGAGCAUGGUGCAGUUAAUUUUACGCUUUGGAUGGGAUAUCAAUACAUCCAGUCUCUUCAAAGAUACAGGCGCCCUUCCUAAAUCAGUUGCUGGAGAGGAAUUUCACCAUGAGGCCAAUUGUAUUUUUAAAAAUGACGAUCAAAGAACUGAGAUUAACAUAAAUGAGAGAGAAGCCUCUACAGAAUUAAAUAUUCUAAACAUGCAUCCUAUUAUCAGUGAUGCACUAAAGUAAUAUUGCCAAAGUGGCAAAGAAUGUACUUAUUGUUGAGUACAAAGUGUUAUGUUUGGGGGAAACCACAUCACGGAGUGCCACUCCAUAUUUUCAAGCAUGGUGGUGGCUGUAUCUAUAGGAUGCUUGUGGUCGUCAAGGCCUUAUUUAAAAAGAUAUAUAUAUUUAGGCUAAAAAGAAACGGAAUAUAUCUAAGCACAUACAAAUCCUAAAGGAAACCCUGGUCUGCUUUCAAACAGACAUUGGAAGACAAAUUCACCUUUCAGCAGGACGGUAACCUGAAACACGGCAAAAUCUACACGGGCUACAUACCAAGAUGACAUUGACUGUUCCUGGGUGUCCUAGUUUUGACUUGGACUUGACUCGGCUUAACUCUAUGGCAAGACUUAAAUGGCUCUCGUGGUGAUUAACCCACUUUUUUAUUUAAUAAUGGGAAAGUAUUGGACAAUCCAGGUGGCAAAGCUCUUAGACUUACCCAGAAAGACUCAGUUGUAAAUGCUGCCAAAGGUGACUAACACGUAUUGACUCGGUUGACUACUCAACAACGAAAUGCAUUUCUUCCACUUUGACAUCAGUGUUUUGUGUAGAUCAAUGACAAAUCUAUUUUAAUCCCACUAACUGGAAAAAGUGAAGGUGUGGGUACUUCCUGAAGGCACUAUUUUGCAUUGCUGUAACACCAGAACCCUUUGAACAGAGGUUACGCAGAAAUAUAUAUAUAUAUAUAUAUAUGCCUUGUUUUAGAAAUAAAGAAAUUGUGAUACUUGACAUCAAACUAAGCGAGACCUAUUUCAGCUUCCUGAGUAUGUAAACACAACUGCACUUCUAUUUUCCCAAGAUCAUCUUAUUUUGCUUUUCAAUUACAUCUAUCAAUCACUCUGUACAAGCAAUAACCCAAAUAUGGGCCAGGCCAUAGGUCUUGUUACAAUCAUGAUUAGGAGUUAUAUGUAUUGACAUGUACAUUGUAUGUCUUCACAUCUCUGUGUGCAUAUUCAGCAGAGGCUGGUGGGGGGAGCUAUAGGAGUAUCGGCUCAUUGUAAUGUCUGGAAUGGAAUAAAUGGAACGGUAAACAUAUGGAAACCACAUGUUUGACUCCGUUCCAUUUAAUUCCAGCCAAUACAAUGAGCCCGUCCUCCUAAAGCUCCUCCAACCAGCUUCCUCUGAUAUUCAGAUAUGUUAAGCUUAUUUGCAUACUGUACAUCAGUUUUUAAUUUUUCUCUUUCGGCAGAUUGAGUGAGUAGUGUUUGUCAAUGAGAUGUGGGAUGGCAUCCUGUCCAAUUCUUUCACAUCAGUGAAGUUGAAGGAAAUUCUACUAGAAGAGGAUGCAGCCCUAGUGUCUGUGUCCUGGCCAGGCUCCCUCCAUCCCUUUGGCUGUAGGAGAGAUGCAUGCCUGACCAGUGUUGGGAGAUAAACACACCUUAACCAGAGUAAUUUAUAUCUCCUAAUACAGUGUUUCCCAAGUCCUGUCCUCAAGUACCCCCAACAGUACACAUGUUUUGUUGUAGCCCCGGACAAACUCACCUGAUUCAACUCAUUGAGGGUUGUGGGUACUCUAUGACUGGAGUUGGGAAACACUGUCGUAAUAUACACUUGAGUGUACAAAACAUUAAGAACACCUUCCUAAUAUUGAGUUGCACCCCCUUUUGCCUUCACGACAGCCUCAAUUCAUUGUGGCAUGGUCUCUACAAGGAUGCUGGCCCAUGUUUGAGUGGUGGAUCAUUCUUGAUACACAAACUGAGUGUGAAAAACCCAGCAGCGUUGCAGUUAACACAAACCGGUGCAUCUGACACUUAUUACCAUACCCCGUUCAAAGGCUCUCAAACCUUUUGUCAUUACCAUUCACACUCUGAAUGCCACACAGACACUAUCCAUGUCUCAAUUGUCUCAAGGUUUAAAAAUCCUUCUUUAACCUGUCACCUCCCCUUCAAAUCAAUGAAUUUGUAUUUGUCACAUGCGCUGAAUACAACAAUACAACCUUACCGUUGUAAGCCCUUAACCAACAAUUCAGUUUUAAGAAAAUGUUUACUAAAUAAAGUUAAUAAAAUUUUAAAAAGUUAUACAAAAUAACAAUGAGGCUAUAUACAGGGGGUACCGGUACCGAGUCCAUGUGUGGGGGUACAGCUUCGUCGAAGUAAUUUGUACAUGUAGGUAGGGGUAAAGUGACUAUGCAUAGAAAAUAAACAGUGAGUGGCAGCAGUUGUAAAAACAAAGGUGGGGUGUGUCAAAUAAUCCGGGUGGCCAUUUGAUCAAUUGUUCAGCAGUCUUAUGGCUUGGGAGUUGAAGCUGUUAAGGAGACUUUUGCACCUAGACUUGGUGCUCCGGUACCGCUUGCCGUGUGGUAGCAGAGAGCAUAGUCUAUGACUUGGAUGACUGGAUUCUUUGACAAUUUUUGGGGCCUUCCUCUGACAUCGAUUAGUAUAUAGGUCCUGGAGGCAGGAACCCAGUGAUGUACUGGGCUGUAUGCACUACCCUCUAUAGCGCCUUACAGUCAGUUGCCAAGCAGUUGCCAUACCAGGCGGUGUUGCAAGCGGUCAGGAUGCUCUCGAUGGUGCAGCUGUAGAACUUUUUUAGGAUCGCGGGACCUAUGCCAAAUCUUUUAAGUCUCCUGAGGGGGAAAAGGCGUUGUCGUGCUCUCUUCAUUACUUUCUUGGUGAGUUUGGACCAUGAUGGUGUUCACAUCACCAAUAGACUAAGGUACUUGAAACGUCAUCUACACGGAUUAAAGUGGAUUUAACAAGUGACAUCAGUAAGGGAUCAUAGCUUUCACCUGGAUUCACCUGGUCAGUCUGUCAUGGAAAGAGCAUGAGUUCUUCAUGUUUUGUACACUUAGUGUAUAUAAAAGCAUGUAUACAGCAGGGCAUGGAGCUGCCAUAAAAUAAGUGCGUUUCUGUGUCCUGGGGUGGUCGAGUGAAAGUUGGCCUUUCACUGAUUUCUUUGCUUCUCUUUGUGUAUUUCUUCUCAAAAAUGGUUUAAAACGAUGGAUGUUUUGUACCAUGUCAAAAACAUCAAAAAUGUUGUUUUCAUGGCAUAAUUGUCAAUAAAUUAUAUGUAUUGUCA